GCUCAGUCUUUGACGUCAUAAGCACCCAUAUAGCUGCACCGUUGCAAAUUGUGCAACUUUGCGAAAUCGCAAUCAGGAUCAGGUACGACGCCGAAUUCGACGUCGAGUGCAGGAAUUAUUUUAUAUGCUGAAUAAGGGGAUUAUAUUAAAAGCGAUUUAUUGGCUAAUUAUUGGUCCGUUUACUCGUUAUCGACGUGUGUGAUAAAAACAAAAAUGAGCCAAGGUCGAUAACAUAUCGUAUACUAUCAGAGAUAAAGGACCGAUCAGCUGGUGAGAUCUGUCAAAAAUGGUGCGGCGUCAUCACGUGCAAGGAUAUGAGAAUUUUCUCAAGUACGCGGAGGACCUGGAGGCCGUCGAGCCGACUUACAUCCUUUACACCGGUACAAAACUGCCGGACACCGGCAAGAGUUGGUGCUCCGAUUGCGUAGAAGCUGAGCCAUUUAUUGAGAAAGGUUUCCAAGGAGCAUCCGAUAAAACACAAUUAGUGAUAGUAGAAGUCGGAGACCGGCCAUUUUGGAAAGAUCACAAUUGUCCAUUCAGGACGAAUCCUGUUACCAAAUUAAAGGUCUUGCCAACUCUGGCUAGAUGGGGCACUCAGAAACGUUUAGAAGGCGACCAAUUAUUAAAACCUGAGCUUAUCGAUAUGCUACUGACGGAUGAGGACGACUAAGUGCUUCAUUUUAUAAUACAUUUUUUGUAUUUUAUAUAAAAAGGUAUAUUAUAUAAUUCUCAAUUCA